CCAGGGCAGCGCUGGGCAGAGACGAGUGGCACUCCCCGCGCGGCAAGGGCGCACAGCCUUGGCCGAGGGGAUUUCCAUCUCUGGGCCCCGGCUCAGAAACCUGGCACUUACAACACACGCGCGCUUGGAAAAACUAAAAAGGUCCGUGUUGCUUUUGGUCAAGGGUUCAUGCCUGGCCGUUAAGGCAGGAAGCCCCGCGAGGCGCGCGUGGGAACGGAAACUGCGCGAACCCGGUCGCCCUCGCCUCCAUCCUUCGCUUGCUGAAGUAUAGACUCUUUCACCGACUGAAAGAACAAGGAAGAACCCGGAAAAAAACACCACCACCCGCCGGCGCAGCGGAGGCCCGGCCGCCGCGGCCGCAGUGGUUCCGAGCUCCUCCACCCGGAGAGACCCCGCCGUCUUCCGGCCCCGCGCGUGGAAGCCGAGGCCAGCGCCUGCCGCCACGCCACCUGCAGCCGCUCCGGCCCCGCGCGGCGGCCGUUCGGGCCUCUCCCGCCGCCGGGCCCCUCCGCCCACUCCGCCGUGACGAAUCGGCGCCCGGCCUGGAGCGUGCCCACAUUCGUGGGGUUUUGUAGAACGUGUGGGGUCUGAAAAAAAUCCCUGACCGGACGGAGCAUCACCGCAUCCUCACCUGGAGCUUUAUUUUUUCAAAAAGAGUCGGGGGAAGGGCUGGAAAGCAAUUAAGAAGAGUGUGGAAAGUGCGAGUGCGGACGCUCCGGACGCGAGGGGCGGGGCGUGCGCGGGACAAAGGGAAACGAGGCCGGAGCUGCGGGCGCUUUUUCUGCCCGCGGUGUCUCAGAUUCAUUCUUAAGGAACUGAGAACUUAAUCUUCCAAAAUGUCAAAAAGACCAUCUUAUGCCCCACCUCCCACCCCAGCUCCUGCAACACAAAUGCCCAGCACACCAGGGUUUGUGGGAUACAAUCCAUACAGUCAUCUCGCCUACAACAACUACAGGCUGGGAGGGAACCCGGGCACCAACAGCCGGGUCACGGCAUCCUCUGGUAUUACGAUUCCAAAACCCCCAAAGCCACCAGAUAAGCCUCUGAUGCCCUACAUGAGGUACAGCAGAAAGGUCUGGGACCAAGUUAAAGCUUCCAACCCUGACCUAAAGUUGUGGGAGAUUGGCAAGAUUAUUGGUGGCAUGUGGCGAGAUCUCACUGAUGAAGAAAAACAAGAAUAUUUAAAUGAAUACGAAGCAGAAAAGAUAGAGUACAAUGAAUCUAUGAAGGCCUAUCAUAAUUCCCCCGCAUACCUUGCUUACAUAAAUGCAAAAAGUCGUGCAGAAGCUGCUUUAGAGGAAGAAAGUCGACAGAGACAGUCUCGCAUGGAGAAAGGAGAGCCGUACAUGAGCAUCCAGCCUGCUGAAGAUCCAGACGAUUAUGAUGAUGGCUUUUCAAUGAAGCAUACAGCCACCGCCCGUUUCCAGAGAAACCACCGCCUCAUCAGUGAAAUCCUCAGUGAGAGUGUGGUGCCGGAUGUUCGGUCAGUUGUCACAACAGCUAGAAUGCAGGUCCUCAAACGACAGGUCCAGUCCUUAAUGGUUCAUCAGCGAAAGCUAGAAGCUGAACUUCUUCAAAUAGAGGAGCGACACCAGGAAAAGAAGAGGAAAUUCCUGGAAAGCACAGAUUCAUUUAACAAUGAACUUAAAAGGUUGUGCGGUUUAAAAGUAGAAGUGGAUAUGGAAAAAAUUGCUGCUGAAAUUGCACAGGCAGAGGAGCAGGCUCGAAAAAGGCAGGAGGAAAGAGAGAAAGAGGCAGCAGAACAAGCUGAACGCAGUCAGAGCAGCAUGGUUGCUGAGGAGGAGCAAGCUGCGAGUAAGACCGAAGAGAAGAAGGACGAUGAGAGCAUCCCGACGGAGACAGAGGAGACACACCUUGAAGAAGCAACGGAAAGCCAACAGAAUGGUGAAGAAGGCACAUCUACUCCUGAGGACAAGGAGAGUGGGCAGGAGGGGGUGGACAGUAUGGCUGAGGAAGGGACCAGUGAUAGUAACACUGGCUCGGAGAGCAACAGCGCCACGGUGGAGGAGCCGCCAACAGACCCCGCCCCAGAAGACGAGAAGAAAGAAUAAAUGUUGCCUUGUUUUAUGUGUUCUAAAUACUUUUUUAAAUGAAAAAAAAAAAAAAAAUGUUUUUUGAGUUUUAA